GGAAGUAAGUGAGGGGAGCGCCGAGGCCGGAGGGGCGGGGGGCUGCUUCGUGCCGCCGCUGCUGCGCCGCGGCCCCCCGGGAAACCUCCGGGCCCGCCACGGAGAGACUGGCGGCAAACUCGGCCGGCGACCCGAGCCCGAAGCUGGGCCCCCCAGUCCUGGUCACGGUCAGGGAGCUCCUCUCAGCUUGGGGCUGCUUUUAAUUGCCUACGAUGAGGAUCCGUCUGGUGAGAAGAUGGACGUGGGUCCGUAAAAGCUGUGUGUUUCUCGGCUUCUUGAUGAUCGCAUACUUCGUGGUCGAGCUGUCGGUUUCUUCCUUCGGUGCCUCCCUCGCCGGGGAGAGCAUCACCAAAGGGAAAUGGGAGAGGCGCUUUUCUGACAGAGCAGAAGAAGCUAUGGAUUUGGCUCGUCCAGUUUAUGACAAAUCCCCGCCUGAUCCUUAUUCCCCAGGAGAGUGGGGUAAGCCUUCUCGCCUGCAGCUGAGUUCUGAGGAAAAGAAGCAGGAAGAAGAGCUGAUUGAGAAGUAUGCGAUAAACAUUUACUUGAGUGAUAAAAUCUCUCUGCACCGGCACAUUGAAGAUAAUCGACUGAGUGGCUGUAAAGCUAAGUCUUACAACUACAGAAGACUGCCUACAACAUCUGUAAUAAUUGCUUUUUACAAUGAAGCUUGGUCAACAUUGCUGCGGACAAUACAUAGUGUUCUUGAGACAUCACCUUCAGUGCUUCUAAAAGAAAUUAUACUGGUGGAUGACUUGAGUGAUAAAGUAUAUUUGAAGACUGAUCUUGAAAAAUACAUAAGCAGUCUGAAAAGAGUUCGUUUGAUAAGAACCAACAAACGAGAAGGACUGGUUCGUGCACGCUUAAUUGGCGCUACUUUUGCCACCGGUGAUGUCCUCACAUUCCUAGACUGUCACUGUGAAUGUGUCUCUGGCUGGCUGGAACCACUGCUUGAGAGGAUUGCUGAGAAUGAGACUGUUAUUGUUUGUCCUGUCAUUGACACCAUUGACUGGAAAACGUUUGAAUACUACAUGCAAACAGCAGAACCCAUGAUCGGGGGCUUUGACUGGCGGCUAACUUUCCAGUGGCACUCAGUGCCUAAACAUGAACGUCUUAGGCGCAAAUCUGAAACUGACCCAAUCAGAUCCCCAACUAUGGCUGGUGGCUUGUUUGCUGUCAGCAAGAAGUAUUUUGAGUACUUGGGUACUUAUGAUACCGGAAUGGAUGUUUGGGGAGGGGAGAACUUAGAAUUAUCAUUUAGGGUUUGGCAGUGUGGAGGCAUGUUGGAAAUUCAUCCAUGCUCCCACGUAGGCCAUGUGUUUCCAAAGCGCGCACCCUAUGCCAGACCGAAUUUCCUUCAGAACACGGCACGUGCUGCUGAGGUGUGGAUGGAUGAGUACAAAGAGCACUUUUACAACAGGAAUCCUUCAGCAAGAAAAGAAAACUAUGGAGAUCUUUCUGAAAGGAAGAUACUAAGGGAGCGUUUGAAAUGCAAGAGUUUUAACUGGUAUUUAAAAAACAUAUUUGCGGAGUUGCAUGUACCAGAAGAUCGUCCUGGCUGGCAUGGUGCUAUCCGCAGUGCAGGAAUAGCUUCAGAGUGCCUUGACUACGCCUUGCCAGAAAAUCAUCCUACUGGGGCUCACCUUUCUCUCUUUGGAUGUCAUGGUCAGGGAGGCAAUCAGUUUUUUGAAUACACAUCAAAUAAGGAGAUUCGAUUUAACUCUGUAACUGAGCUAUGCGCUGAAGUCCCUGAGCAUGAAGACUUCAUAACUAUGAGGAACUGCCCAAAAGAUGGAUCUCCCAUCCCAGAAGUUAUUAUAUGGCAUUUCAAAGAAGAUGGGACUAUUUAUCAUCCUCAUUCAGGAAAGUGCCUUACUGCUUAUCGUACAGCUGAGGGACGUGCUGAUGUGCAAAUGAGAACUUGUAAUGCUGCAGAUAAAAAUCAGAUUUGGAAAUUUGAAAAAUAAUCACUGCUGGUUGUAUGAAUCUAAUGGACCGAGAUCUCCAAGCUUUUUACAUUUGUGAGCAGAUAGCAACAUGCAGACGUUUACCUUGGAAUGUCUUCAGAUGCAUCUGUAGUGGUGUAGAAAGUAUAUCUGCUGUGGUGAACUCUAUGGAAAGCAAAAGUAAAUACUGGGGUUUAGUUUCUAAAAAAUUGAAUACAGAUAUAAUGCCUUUUAUUUUUGUAAAAUUUUGAUCUGUUAUUUUCUUACUUUGGUCUGUCUUGAUUAUGGUAAAACAAAGGCUUUUGAGUGGACUGAGAAGGGAUUUUAUUUUCUUUAAAAAAUACAUAUUAGACCUGCAAGGUAAUGAUACGUGACAGUAAAGAAUCUUUACUUACAGAAGUAAAAGUUAAGGUUCUUGCAGAGGAAUUAACUGACCUAUAUUGCAGGUACUUCAUAACUUAUGUAUCUAUAAGUAAUGGUACAGUAGCAUGUGAUUGAAUUGACAUUGAUGUGGCAGGUUGAAUCUUAAGUCUUGUAGUGGUCUGCAGUUUUCUGGGCAUUUACAUUCUCCUAGGGGUUUCGGGGUGACAGUUAUAUUACAUUGAAGAAAAGGAAGUUUCUUUAGUAGAUGGGCUUUGGCAUUGUUUUGCAGUGUUGUGCCUAGUCUCAAAGUUACCUCAUGAGGGUGAGUCAGGUGCUCUCAUGCAUUUAGAGAAGAGUGUGGUAGCAGCUGAACCAAUGACAUGCUGGCAGUACCACAAAUGGGAAGAAAUGGGGAUGGCUACAAGUAAAAAAAUCAGUUUUAAAGGUAAUGGAGGAGGAGAGACAGCACAGAAUUGCAUUAACUACUGCUGUUUCUUAGCUAUACAUUUUAUUUUGCCUCUGAGUAAGCUUUUCUAUGUUAAGCCUGGCAUCCUAGGGACAUGUAGCUAAUGUGACUGUUCUAUGUACCCUUUUUUUUUUUUUUUUUUCUUUAGGUCUGCCAGCAGGGUAGAUGAAGGAGACACAGGAAAAAACUUGGUCUCUUUUGCAUCGUGUUUUGGCAACAGCUGGAAUACCUCAGCCCUAGUUAGAGUUUUGAGAUAAUGCAGCAUUUGAUGCCUCUUUCUAGUCACAACAGUACCAUGGGAGACCUCGAGUAAGGUUGCGAAGCUGGAGUUCCUGAAGUGAAGGGAGUUAACAAAGUAAAGGGCUGCUUGGAGGAAACUAAGAUUUGUUGGUUAGGUGGUUCAGAGAACAGCUUAGAGUGUUUUCUGUAUCCUAUUAUGUAGAGUUUUGAAGAAUAUUGAUCCUUGAAUUCUGUCACUAAUCUGUUUUGAAUGUGAUUAUAGACAGUAGAUGUGAUAGAUAUAUUGUGUACUUGAAAAAAAAAAAUCUUGUGUUAGUAUCUAUGUUUUUAGCUUUACAUGAUUUAAAUUGAACACUUAUCUUAAUGGGUCAGGCAUUCUGGCUUUUUUUUGUUGUUGUUUUUAGUGAAGUGAUAAUGUUUUCCAGUAGCCAUGGUGUAGUAAUUCUUGACCUGGGGCUGGUAGGUAGGAACUUGAGCUAAUAAGCAAUAAGAGUCUGGAUACUUAAAGAAAGUAGUAGGUGUACUUUUGCUGCAGGUGUUAGUAGGAAGAAGGGUUAAAAGGGAGCAAGUGAGUCCUGAAAUAAGUGAAGACUUGCCAAAAAUGAAACAAGAGCAAGUUAAGGUGUAUUCUUGAAUCUUAGUGGUUUCAAAGAGUUGAGCGAUCUGGGUGGAGGGAGGCUAAGACAGAAGGGGAACAGAAAGAGAAAACUUGGAGCUGGUAAUGUAGUGUUGAAUUAUGCUAAGAAUGCUUGCCACUGUGUGGCAUGGGUUGGUUUAAGUCUUUAACUUAUUUUUAGGUGGUUACUUGUUACUUGCAAUUUUUUUUUUCUUUUCCCUGAGCUGACAUUUUUUUUUUUUUUUUUUUAGAAAAAGGGAACUUCUUUACUAUAUAAGGGAGACAUUCCUGAAAAAUUCCAUUCCACUUUGCAGCAAGGAAUUCUUUUCGUAGAUGUAAAAGUAAUGAACCAUUUAUCAAAUUUCAAAAAGCAGCCAGUCAUUAUGUGCUGGGGCAAUAUAUUAUACAAAGUAUGUGCUUUUGUGAAAAGCUUGCUGUAGACUGCUAUGUUCCAUAGAAAUAACAAGAAAAAGACUUGGAUUCUCCUACAUGGCAGAGCACAAGUUUUAUGUGCGAUACAUGUUUCCUCAGAUGAAAGUAAUUUAAUGGUGUGAAUAUAGACUAUGCAACUUUUAUACAAUUAACUUUUCUAGGACUUGGCAAAAACUACAUUUCAUAUAAAGAACUACCUUCAUGUUAAAACUGACAAAGUGUUCCUUAUCUAUUUAAGCAAUAAGUCAAAGUGAAUCUGCCUCUUACAGGGAUAAUAACUUAAUGUAUCUGAACCCUUACUCCAUUUGCCCGUCACCUCUCAUUAUAUUUUUGUAGUUAUAACAAAAGUAAAAGGAAGAAAAACCAAGCAAAAGUAAAUAACCUGGACCUUAAAAUAAAUAAAGUUCAAUUUAUUCCUAAGGGGAAUAAAAAAGGUUGGGGGAGGAGCUAAAUAGAGAGGAAAAAAAAAAACCUUGCCAUUUCACAUUUCCCUGAUUUUGAACUGAGUUGCAGGAAUUUUUCAGAAAUAUUCCAAUUCAGAUGGUUUUCAGUGCAUGCAGAUUUCUGGAAAAUCUGAAACUCUGAAAGACUUUCUAUGUUGUUGGACUUGGAAAAUUUGGGGAGCACUUGUAUAUAAACUACUGAUUUUAGGUGACUUAAAUGAAAUUGAAUGUAGACUUAACACUGAAUAAAUGUGGGAGGGCUCUGGGAUUUAUUUUGAAAAAAAUAAAAUCCAGAAUGAUAAUUAAA